UCCCUUUAAGGAAGGUUAACGAGGGAACAGGCGCCAGCAGAUGAGCCUGACAACCCACAGAGGCGGCUGGAGCUUAAACCUAGCUGGCUCUGGCUGCUGGGGAGACUUUCUCCGAGAUCGCCUUUGGGCCAUCAAGAAAGCCUGCCUCAACUGCGGGCUGGCCGCCGUUGCACAAGCCUGGGUUUUCCUUCUUCCCUCACAGCUCGAGCCCUCCCAGGGAACUCCUGGGCCCAGCGCGUUCGAGAAACUCUUCCUAGAUCGGGGGUGCGGAUGAAGGUGGGGAAAGGGCUUCGCUCUAGAAUAUUCCGAUCAGGUUCCGGGCGGAAGAAGGAAGAAGAGCUGGCCCUAGUGGCCUCGGGGAGGCCUCCCCACAGCCGCAGCGCGUAGUUAGACAGCUCUCUGCUCUCUGCGGCGGCUGCGUAGGAGCCCGCAGACCCUCCUCGCGCGUCCGCCGGCUUGCCUGUCUGCUACUCUGUGUGUUCUGCCCGCACCGAGGAAACCAGGAGCCAUUCCCAUUGAUUGGGCAAAGUUCUGAAGAUGUUUCCAGAGGAGAAGAAAACAGAGUUCGUGAGCGUCUGGGUCCGGGAUCCUCGCAUUCAGAAGGAAGACUUCUGGCACUCCUACAUUGACUAUGAGAUCUGCAUCCAUACCAACAGCAUGUGUUUUACAAUGAAAACCUCGUGCGUCAGGAGGCGGUUUCGGGAAUUUGUGUGGCUCCGACAGCGCCUGCAGAGCAACGCGCUGCUGAUACAGCUUCCUGAACUUCCUUCUAAAAACCUGUUUUUCAACAUGAAUAAUCAGCAGCAUGUUGACCAGCGACGUCAAGGCCUGGAAGAAUUUCUGAGAAAGAUCCUACAAAAUGCCCUUUUGCUCUCGGACAGCAGACUUCACCUCUUCUUACAGAGUCACUUAAGUUCUGAAGAUAUUGAGGCCUGUGUUUCUGGACAGACAAGAUAUUCUGUUGCUGAAGCAAUUCAUAAGUUUGCUUCCUCAAACAGACGUUUUCCCGAAGAAGAUGAUGAGGGGGGGAAAAAAGACAAUUCUAUAGAGUACGGCUCAGAAAGUUCAUCCUCCGGGCUUGGUCACAGUUGUAAAGACAGCAGUCCACACGGAUGUAAAACAAACCCCACUCUUCAAGAAUCCUGAAAAAUUAUCUUCACGUUACUAUCUUAGAAAUAGGAAAUUAUGCCCAUGUCAUAAGGACAGGGUUGGUUCACAAUAGUACCUCCCUACAUAAAGCACUUCUGUCAAGGAGACGUGAUUGGUGGUGUGUUCUCAAAGCUGUUGCCCCCCCCCUUUUUUUUUGAAGUUCAUUAAUGGUUCCCAGUUCAGGAUUUUAUGUUGUCUUAUUUUGGUCGAGGCAGAGGAGAAGGAAAACUCUCUUGGCUAUGAGUCAGUAAAAUGCCUAAUACUGAAUUUUCAGGAUAAAAAUGAUUGAUGAAUCAGCUCCUGCUCCAAUAGGAAAUGAUUUAUGUUAAUGUAAAGGUGUGAAUUUAAACUUGUAUAUGCUAUGUAAAACCUUUGAUUUUGUUCAAUUAAAAAUACACUUGGUAUAUAAACACAGUUGAAAAGCAGGAUAUUGCAUUUCCCCUACAUUAACAUGUCACUUCAAACAGACUUUUGAAACCUGUCACAGGAUCUUGCAGGCCCUAUUCGAGCAAAGACCAUCCCCCGUUGCAGUAGAUCACCAAGAUUUGCUGAUACCUUGUGGCUCCAUCCCCUAUACAGGGAAAAACUGGGAUGUUGGUGUGAGUGUGUGGCUGACUCAGUACCAGCUAGAUUUAUUGUGCACACAGAUGGAACAUACAGCUUAGGAACACAGACCAGUAUUAAAAUUUUUUUUACUCAAGAGUGCAAAUUCAAAUAAAUAUGGCAAUUAAUGUCCCUUCAGACUUAGCAAAACAUCUUCACAAUCAAGGAUCAGCCUAAGCCUCAGAUUUGGGGAUCCUCGGCCUUGCUUUUGUCAUGCAUUUGGCAGAUAAGAGAUUCAUUUAUUUUCUUUCAAAAUGUGUCAUUUCUUCACUUGAUAUUUUUCAGUAUUUCUAAGGGUUGUUACUAACUUCUUCAUUAAAUGGAAAGACAGGUCUUAAAAACAAGACUAAAGAUGAUGUUUACCAAAAAGUAUUCUGCUAGCUUAGGAAAUAAGAUUAACUAACUGAUUAUGCAUUAAAAAAAAAAGUAUCGAUUCCCUUACCCCCUUUAAGGCUACACUUGAGAAAUGUUGCAGUCUAGUAAAAUAUGCCCUUAGAUAACUUUCUGUUGACAUAGCACUUUAAUAAGAUAAUUAUCCAAAUUUCUUCCUUGUCCAGUUGCACAAAGUAAUCGGUUUCCCUUCUGAGAAACCGGCAGGAAGAUAUUUACAAAGAAAUGGAGGUAACUUGUUGCUUCUCUUAGCUUUUCCUCCUGGAGGCUGGGGGAAGAUGGUUACAAAAGGCAGUUAAUUUUCGGAGUUUUUUUGCCAUUCCAUUAUUAAUAAGCUCCUAAUAGAGGUCAAAGGAUUGUGCUGAAAUAACAACACAAAACAAAAAACGUAAGACAAGAAUUAUUCUCUUAAUUUUGCUGUCUUGCUUUCUUGUUUGCUCUAAACUCUUAUUAGAUUUUGCUUAGGAUCUUGAUUUAGUAUGUGAGGCCUGUUACUGCAUCAUGGGAGAGCCAUUAAUUGAAAACAGGGGAACCCCCUCCCCCAAGAUUUAAGAGCUUUUCUAAUCACCGUGGUAACGGUGGGGGUAAGGGAAGAAGGAGGGGGUGGCUUGCCAUCUAGGUAUUAGAUUUAUUUAUUUUUCUUAGCAAUAUAUAUUUGAAUUUACAAUCACUAUUUCAUUUUUGGAAUAUUUUUAGAAAACGUGAUCAGCCAUAAAUUUUACUGUUAUUUUUAGAUCUUGUAACAUAAAUAUCAAAAUGUCUACCUUGUAAUUUGUCCUGUAAGAUUCAGUGGAUUUUUGUUUCUAAAUUAAACGUGAAGAAAUCUA